CUAGACCACGUUACUCCAAGCCCCAUCCAACCUGGCCUCGGACACUUUCAUGGAUGGGGCAACAACAGCUUCUUGGGGCAACAUGUGCCAGGGCCUCACCAGCCUCACAGGGAAGAAUUUCUUCCCAAUAUCCAAUCUAAACCUACUCAGUUAGAAGCCAUUCUCCCUUGUCCAGUCACUCCAGGCCCUUGUAAAUAGUGUCACUCCAUCCUUCUUCUUGGCCCCCUUCAAGUACUGCAAGGCCACAAUUGGGUCGCUUCAAAGCUUCUCUUCUCCAGGCUGAACAAUGCCAAUUCUCUCAGCCUUUCCUCAUAGCAUAGAGGUGCUCCAUCCUUUUGAUCAUCUUGGGGUCUCCUCUGGACUCUCUCCAGCAGCUCCAAGUCUUUCCUGUGCUGGGACCCCUGAGCUGCAGGCAGCACUGCAGGUGAGAUCUUACCAGAGCAGGGCAGAAGUGAAGAAUCCCCCCUUCCCUGCUGCUCACAUUGUGGGAUCAGCCCAGCACACAGGGCCAAGGCAUGUCCAGCCUUUCAUUCGUCAGCAUCCCCAAGUUCUUGGCCAGGGCUGUUCUUGAUCUCUUCAUCCUCCAGCCUGGUUUGAUACUGGGGGUUGUCCUGAUCCACAUGCAGCACCACCACUUGGUCUUGUUAAAUCUCAUGGGCUCCCACGGCCCGCCUUCUUGAGCUUAUCCAGCUCCCUCUGGAUGGCAUUUGGUCCUUCAGGAUGUGGAGCUGCUAGAAUGAGUCCAGAGGAAGCCACAGAGAUGCUUGAAGGCUGGAGCCUGUGUUCUGGAGACAGUCUGAGAGAGCUGGAGGUGUUCAGCCUGCGGAGGAGAAGGUUCCAGGGAGACCUUAGAGCCCCUGACUUCAAGAGAGCUAGAAACAGACUUUGUACAAGGGUCUGGAGUGCCAGGAUGGGGGGCGGUUGCUUCCCUUUGCCAGAGGGCAGGAAUAGAUGGGAUAUCAGGAAGGAAGUUUUCCCUGUGAUGGUGGAGAGGCCCUGCACAGGUUUCCUGGAGAAGCUGUGGCUGCCCUUUGUUUGGAAGUGUCCAAGGCCAAGUUGGAUGGGGCUUGGAGCAGCCUGAUCCAGUGGAAGGUGUCCCUGCCCAUGGCAAGAUGGUGGUACUUGAUCGUUAAGGUCCCUUCCAACCCAAACCAAUCUGUGAUUCCGUGAUGAGUGUCUGACUGACUGCACAUCAGCAGAGGCUCUCCAUUGGCCCCUGUGGGCUCCUGGCUAUCCAGAAGGGGGUUCUGACUGCCCGGGAUGGCACACAGAGGGCUCUGGCUGCCCCACGCUGUCACAAAGGGAUUUUUGACUGCCCCACACUGUCACAAAGAGGACUCUGGCUGCCCCAUGAUGUCACACAGGGGACUCUGCCAGGCUAUAAAAGGGACCCCACAGGAGCAGACAGUGCUGGGCACCACAGUCUGGCAGUGUCCUGGCAGACAGCAGCCUCAGCCUCUGCCACCCCAGCAGGGUUGGAUUCCCCUCACUGGGAUCCUGCAGGUCUCUGGGGAACCUCUCCACCAGCCUGUGCUGGUGACCUGGACUGCCACAGACGGUGCCAUGGGGCUCCUCAACAUCUUCACCAUGGGUGAGCUGGUGGCAAUCACGAUGGUGCUGCUGCAGCUCAUCCUGGUUUUUGUCAUGCUACGGGACAAGUGUCUGUGGAGGAUCCGUCAGAGCUCAGAGCAUCCAAGCACAGCCAGAGGCCGGCUGGAGGGCCAGAGCAGCGUGGGCAGGCCACGGAGAUCAGCACAGAUGGGGCUGCCCCACGGCAGCUCCCCACGCGGCUCCCUGAGCUCCAGGAGGCGUUUCCCAAGGUUCAUCCGGAGCUGCCAGGACUCACAGGCGCUCUUCGAGGAGCACCGCAAGGAGCUGGAGGCACAGCUGUCCCAGUGGCGAUGGGGCCGGGGCAGCGGCAGGGUGGUCCACGCUGAUCCGCAUGUUGCACCAAAGCUGCUGGGGGCCAGAGAGCGUCCCCAGUGCCUUGGAGUGGAGUUGGCAAGGCCAGACGUGUACGAGGUGACAGAAGAGAGCAAACCUAAGGACAUACGACCAUGCAGUAGCAGCAGCUCCCUGAUGCUGCAACGCAGAAGUAGCAGCAGCUCCCUGAUGCUGCAACGCAGAAGAUCUGUGGCGAUUGCCAGGUUGCUCCCCAGACUAGUGGUGAUCAUGAAUCCCAUUGUAUUGGAAAGCAGCUGCAGCAGCUGCAGCAGCAGGAGCAGCAGCUCGGUGGAGCUGGAAUACAGCACCGGCACUGCUGCUGGAAGGUUCCUAGAGCAGCUCCAUGCCCGCCUGCAGAGAUACCUGGAAGCCUGGCAGACACGGUGCGAGCAGCGCCGCCGCUGCUUCAGCAUCCGCUUGAAGCCCCGGUGGUGGCGGCGGUGCUGGACCCAGCUGAGAAAAAGGGUGUAG